GCACAGUACUGAGUAGAAGAAUAAUCUAAGCUUUAGCGUUUGGAACAUACACCAAUGAGCAGAGCUCAUGUUCGAUGGCUGGGCAUUAUCUGAUCAUUACACCUUGCCAGGAGGCCUGCUUAAUCUUCUAUUAUAACGAACCUCAAUGUUAUUCAAAAUCAUAACCAGAAAAUCACUCCUACAGUCCUACCCACACUAUGAUAUUUUGGGAAAAUUAUAUAUAGUUCUGAGUUUUGUUGCAAUCCCGACCAAUUGCUGGCUUUUCAAUUUCUACAGGGUAAUGAGUGUGAAGAGGUGCUGGUGAAGUCCUCAUUUCUAUCUGAACUACAACGCCGCGUUUUAAGGGCUGAAGCUGCACUUAGAGAAAAAGAAGAGGAGAAUGACAUCCUACACCAGCGGCUGCAGCAGUAUGAAAACCGUUGGUCAGAAUACGAGCUGAAAAUGAAGUCAAUGGAAGAGGUUUGGCAAAAGCAAAUGAGAUCGCUACAAUCCAGCCUGUCUAUUGCUAAGAAAAGCCUUGCUCUGGAUGAUAUGGAGAGGAACUCCGAUGCAUCGGUGAAUACAAUGAGUGACGAUAGAGAAUCAAUCCAGUUGGGAAUUGAAGCAGGGAGCAACAGGAACAACCGCGACAGCAGCAGUGGAGUGAGGCCUAUGAGCGUGAUAAGCCGACUGGCGGAAGAGUUUGAGCAAAGGAGUCAAGUAUUCGGCGAUGAUGCCAAGUUCUUGGUCGAGGUCAAAUCAGGCCAGGUCGACGCUAACUUGAAUCCUGACCGCGAGCUCAGAAGGCUCAAACAAAUGUUUGAAGCUUGGAAGAAAGACUACGGAACAAGGCUAAGGGAAACCAAGGUUAUAUUGCAUAAGCUGCAGGGAAACGACGAAUUGGUUAAUAAUAAAAUGCGAAAAAAAUGGUGGGGAAAGAGGAACAACAGCUCAAGGUUUAACUAAAUUGGUAUCUGUAUG